CUCUCUCUCCCCUUUUAGCGUUUCCCCUCUCAUGUUGUUUUCGCCCGGCGUGGCUUGCAAUGGCGCGCGGUAAUGCGAUUGAAACUGAUGCCCUCAAGCUCAUAUCGAAGUGCUCAGUUGGCGAAGCUGAAAAGUUCCUUCAUGGUGUAGUGAACAGCUUGUGUGGCCAAAGAGGGCUGCCCUUUGACCAAUUUUCCAAAGUCUUCUCAUUGUCGGCAUUCUGGCAAUGCAGUGAUGCCUGGGCGGCGUUCUUCAAAAGUAGACGAGCUCCCCGCUUGUCAGAAGAGGAGCUGUUGUCAGAACUACAGUAUAUUCCAGAGAGCUACAGAACAGUUGUAGCAACGGUGUGGAAAAGCCGUGCAACCGAUAUUGUCGAGGUUCUGCUAAAGGACACUGAACAAAUAUCUGGUCCAGUAUUGAAAGACUUUGACUGGAAGGUUAAGCUGGUUCUCGGGAGUGACAAAGUGGCAUCUCAGAAGGUUCCCUUAUUGUCUCUAGACCUGACGUUGUUUGAGCAACGCAAAGGAAGAGAUGUUUCAAUAGAAAUGACAUCGGAAGAAGUCCACAGGCUCAUUGUAGCUUUGGAGGCAGCACAUAAGGCUGCUGUGCAGUUACAAGCAUGAAGUAGAUUCUUUGGAUCAGCUGCGCAAAAUAUUCUGAAGGUGGAACGCUGAAGAACUCCCGUGAGUUGCAGCUGAGCCAUGUGACUGCAAGAAGUGUUACUUUUAGGUGUAGCUUAAGCACAGGCAACGUGACAGAUAAGAAUGAACGCAAGUGUACAAGAGCAGUGGACGUAGACAUUAAAUGUGACGUCUGCAGUGACCUACUCUCAGGGCUCAGAAAGGCUCAGAAGAGCAUGUACCGGUUGUCAGCUAUGUGGUGCCCUUUUGCAUCUCCAGACUGGAAGGAGAGUCGGCCUCAGACCAUCGUGAAUGUAUAAGUCAUUGUUUCUCAUGUGCUUUAGAUGUAGUGAAUCAUGUCUGUACUGAGCAGGAAAGCGUCGAGUUAUUUUCGUUACGAGAGGUAUGCGAUUAUUGUGGAAAAGAAACCGCAGAGCAAAUGUCUGUGUCGGACAUUUGAGGUGCAACCAGUGUAUGUCGGACGUGGACAAUAAAAAAAAUCCAAUUGGGAAGUAUCGUA